AGAAGGGUUUGCACAGGACGAUGAGAGGUUACGGGAGCGCAGCAACCUGGGAGGGGAAGGAAGGCGCCUCCUUGUAAAUGCUCCGCGGCUGCUGCCCGCUGCGUCACCAUCUGCCCAGCCUCCGGGCUCUGUGCGCGACUUUCCCCUCUAUGGGGAAGAUAUAAAAGUCGCCGAGAAAAACAGCCUGUUCGCCAUGCGAGGAAUCACAGCGAGGAGCGACGGGCGUGGCAGCGCAGCCACCAAGCCACGGAACAGAAAGGCGGCCUGCGCACUUUGCGAUCUGCGAAAACAAAGUCCUUUUAUGAGGUGGUCAAAGCUCGGCUGCAGCCUCUAGCAAGCAAAUUCACAAUGACUAAUGCAGUGAUGGGCAGGAAUGAAAACGUAAGCCAAACUCUCCAUGAUGCCGUGGAAGGACUCCUUGAAGAUCAGUUUAACAUUUUUAAACGGAGGCUUCAAGUUAUUGACCAUGAUGGAAAAAGAAAACUCCCCAGAGGUCAGCUGGACAAUGCUGGUAGAUCAGAAGUUAUAAAUUUCAUCUGUGAUUUCUAUGGUGAGGACGAUGCAGUAAACAUGUGUGUAUGUGUCCUUGAGGAUAUCGGUGAGGAACACAUUGCUGCAAAACUCAAAGGAGCAACACAGAAAGAUCCUAGGUUGACCUAUAGAGACCACAUAAAAGACAAAUUUAAAACAAUGAAAGUCCAGAAUUCUCUUCUGGGUGAACAUGCUUUUCAAAGCUACCACUAUUCAAAGCUAACCUUCGAUAAGUAUUGGCCUGGAAAGGAGGAGAAAGAACAUGAAAUCAUGAUUUCAGGAUGGAAAUAUUUUCGAUACAUUGAUUAUUAUAGUGGUGAAACCACCUAUACCAUUGAAAAUCUACUUAACCCUGAUAAAACGGGAGUCAAACCUCAGAUUGUUGUGCUGCAGGGAGCAGCAGGGAUUGGGAAAACAACGACUGCAAGAAAAAUCAUGUUUGACUGGGCCUCUGGACAACUUUAUCAGGACAUGUUUAAUUAUGUUUUCUAUAUUAAUUGUAGAGAGUUGAACCUCUGUACUGAGGAGAGUAGUAUUGCAGAAAUGAUUUUCAAGCUAUGGCCUCAAAAGGAUGAAAUUAAAGAGAUACUGAGGAAUCCGAAGAAGCUGCUGUUCAUAAUUGAUGGGUUUGAUGAAUUACGAUGUUCCAUUGGUCAACAAGAAAAUUGCCUCUGCGCUGAUCCCUGGAAGAAGGAGGCGGUGGGGGUCCUCCUGGGCAGCUUAUUUUGGAAAAAAGUUCUUCCUGAAUCUUAUUUGAUAAUAACAACAAGACCAACAGCUCAGGAGAAACUUAAGGGCUUGGAGUGCUCACGUUAUAUUAAGAUCCUUGGCUUUUCAAAAGAGGACAGACAGAUAUAUUUCCACAAAUUCUUUGACAAUAAAGACCAAGCAACUGAAGCUUUCAGGCGUGUAAAACAAAAUGAGACCCUUUUCACCAUGUGCUUAAUUCCUCUUGUGUGCUGGAUCAUCUGCACAGUGUUGAAACAACAGAUGGAAAGCGGUGAGGAUCUUGGGCAAACCUCAAACACGCUCACUGCAGUCUAUAUGCUCUAUCUUUCCAGCUUAUUAAAGUUACACCAUAGGAGCCAAUCAAAAGGACCCGUGGGAAGAAACUUGAAAGGUUUGUGUUCUUUGGCUGCAGAUGGAAUCUGGAAACGAGAGAUACUGUUCUGGGAGGAAGAAAUCAAGGAAUAUGGCUUAGAUCAGGGUGACUCCCUCCCCCUCUUUCUGAAUGAGACCAUCUUCAGAAGGGACAUUGAAUGUGAAUGUGCCUACAGCUUCAUUCACCUCAGCUUUCAGGAGUUUUUUGCCGCCUUAUCUUAUGUACUAGAAGAAGGGGAAACGCCGAGUUCUGAAAAACAUAAGCAUGAUGUGUUCACGUUGUUAGAAAGCUAUGCGACUUCUAGACCUGAUUUAGAAAUAACAGUGCGCUUCCUCUUUGGUCUUGUAAAUGAAGGAAAGAGAAUGAAGGAUGUGAAAGAGAAGUUUGGAUGGAAAUUUUCACCUAAGGUUAAAGAGGUCUUGUUAGAAUGGGUGAAAAACACUACAGAAACAGCAACAGGUGUAUUUGAGAGGCACAAGCACCCAUGGCUUGAAUGUCUAUAUGAGACCCAAGAAGAGGAUUUUGUUGAACGUGCAUUGGAUCAUGUGACUGAAGUUACAGUAGGUGGAAAGUAUCUCACAAAGACAAGAGUGAUGGCACCGGCAUAUUGCUUGGAGCACUGUUGUAGCUUGGAGGUUCUUCACCUGCAAUACCACAGUUUUAUGAGAUACUAUGAUCAUACAAAAGCAAUAGAAGAAGAAGGGGAGAGAGAGGAAGAAGAAGAAUUACUCACUAAUUCAGAACUACAAGCAGAUUGCAUGGAUUGUGGCCUUGGAGGAAAGCGACAAUGGAGACCAGUCAGGCUGCAAAAAUAUGGGGGAACAGAAUGGCAGAGUGAGCAUCCCUAUUUCUCCGGGAGAUGUGACCAUUAUGGGAAUCCAGCCUUGUUUAAAGCAUUGCAGUCUCUAAAGAGUAACUUAAGGAGUGUGAGAGUGGAUUUUUUUGGUGGUAACCUGGUUCCUUGUGGGUUUCUCGCAUCUCUUUUCUCCAUUUACCCAACACUAUCAGAGCUGGACCUGGGAAGAAGUGAUGUCAGGGAUUCAGGAUUGAGGCUGUUGGCUGAGGGGUUAAAACACCCAAACUGCCAGAUAAAGAAACUGGGGUUAUAUACCUGCCAACUAACAGGAGCGUGUUGUGGGGAUCUUGCAUCUGUUCUCUGUAUCAAGCACACUCUGAAAGACUUGGAUUUAUCAGACAAUGCCCUAGGAAAUUCUGGAGUCCGCCAACUUUGUAAAGGUUUAAAACAUCCCGACUGCAAACUGCAGAGGCUUGUGUUGUCCCACUGUUCUUUGACAGGAACUGCUUGUUGCAGUCUUGCCACAGUCCUCCAUACGAACCAGAUGCUGACAGAGUUAGAUCUACGUUUCAAUAAAUUAGGAAACCUAGGAAUGAAGCUACUGCGUCCAGGAUUAAGACAUCCAGCCUGUAAACUAGAGAACCUUCAGUUGAUUGAGUGCAGAAUCACCACUUGUGGGGAUCUGUCUUCUGUCCUUUGCACAAACCAGAUGCUAAAACAACUAGAUUUACGGAGCAAUAAAUUGAAAGAUUCAGAAGUGAGGCUGCUGUGUGAGGGUCUGAAACAUGCAAACUGCAAACUUCAGGUUCUGUCGUUGUUUGCAUGCUGUCUGACAGCAAAUUGCUGUGAGGCUCUGUCUUCUGUUCUUAUUACCACCCAGACCUUAAAAAAACUAGAUUUAACUAGGAACCCACUAGACGAUUCAGGAAUGAAGCUACUGUGUGAAGGGCUAAAACAUUCAGACUGUAAGCUGCAGAGUCUGCGGUUGUCCCACUGCUCCUUGACACAAGCUUGUUGUGGGGAUCUUGCUGAAGUUCUCAGUAAGAACCAGACGCUGACGGAGUUGGAUUUGUCUUGGAAUAAAAUCAAAGAUACGGGAGUGGAGCUGCUGUGCGAGGGGCUAAAACAUCCAGACUGUAAACUAGAGAUAUUAGAGCUGCAUGGCUGCGACCUGACACCUGCUGUUUGUGAUCACUUCUGCACUGCUUUAACUACAAACCAGUUGCUGACCAGACUGCAUGUCAGCCAUGAUGUCCUGACAGUCGCUGGCAAGAAACUGCUCAGUGAUGCACUGAAACAUUCAGGCAGGAGACAGCAGGCACUUUGGCUAAAAGGCAUUGUCCAUGAUGAAAAAUGGAAAAUCCCCAGAGGUCAGCGAGAGAAAGCUGAUAAACGAAAAGUUGUAGAUCUCAUGUGUGAAUUUUAUGGAGAAGAUGAUGUUCCAGCCUUAUGGGUCCAUGUCCUUGAAGACAUUAAUAUGUUGAUCCUCACCAAGUGCCUCAAAUAUCAGACACCAAACUACUCCAAAGGCUUUGACAUCGCCACUGAUAGUAAGGGCAUUAGCUGGAAGGGACUGGUUGGCUCAAAGAUACAACCUGACCAGCAAAUUUCAUUUGGCAGUAAGGAUGCUAAAGGUCCUAAAUGUGACAAACAUAUUACCUUGAAUCCGCUGCCUAAUCAAUUUCCAGGUCCUGAGCCAUACCAGGAUCCUCUCCUUGACAUUAAAGUCCCAGACUUGAUUAGGUGGGACGAAGUGAUACCCUCGCCCAUAAGUCCAUUCCAGCAGGAUGUGGAGAAGAAAAAAUCUAUUCCUUUGAAAUCCCAACUUGCAUCUCAGGCUAGUAAUGACCCAUGGGAGGCAGAUGAGUACCAUCUCUUUGCCUCCUUCUCUGCUCUCCCACAGGCUGAGCAGACAAGCAUUAUACAAAGAUUAGACAUGGUAAGGCCUAAACUCCUGAGUCUCUCUUCAAAAGAUGGAACUUUAGCUAAUAUACCAGAGGCUCUAACUGCUGAACCAACGCCAACUAUUAAAGUUAUUUCCCCAGUCUGUAUAGUCAGCAAACCCAACCAUACAGGAACAUUUCAUUCUACUGAUUCUUCUUUGCAAGCAGGCAGAAAGAACAAAUUAAAUGCCGCCAAAGUUAUGGCAGGCUCGGCCAGUCCCAUGGAUUGGGUUAGCUGCCAAUUCUUGGAACCAAAUGAACUGGGAUCAUCUCCCACUACCGACCCUGCUCUUCUAGCCCACCGGCAGAACAAAAUUAUUCUGAAUGGUAGCACCCCAGGUGACCUGAAGGGCGAGUUCACUUUUAGCUCCACAAUAGGAAGUAGCGUGGUAGACUAUGUCCUUGUCUCUCAGCCCUUAAGGGAGCUGGUUCAGUUCUUUUGUAUUGAUGAUCGCACAGAUAGUGACCAUUAUCCCUUAGUCACUCUAAUAGGAUCUCCUAUUAAUAUUCACCUUCCCAAUGGACCCCCUUUGUUGGAUUCCUUUCCAUCAAUCUGUGAGAAGCGGAUUAAAUGGUCUAAUAGAUCUGGGGGUAAAUUUGUUUCUUUCACUGAAUCCCCAGCUUGUGUGCAACUAUAUCAGAAUGUUCUAGCAUCAGCUGGCGAAGAUAAGUUGCACUACUAUGAGGCCCUUAUUACUGAUAUUCAAAAGACUCUAGCUGCACACAGCAAUCUAGCUGGUCUUAAACAUUCCAGAAGUGGCCAAUACAUUCCUGCCGCUAUCCAAAUCUACAAAGCAAAGACUCUGGCCCAGCUUACAUACGGUGUUUCAAUCUGGAUUUUGGGUUUUAACUCCCAAUUGGAAAGAAUACAAUCAAUUUUCCUUAGGAAAUUAUUGGGUCUUCCCUUCUGUGCAUCGUAUUUUAGAAACUGCACUUUUCUCAUUGGCAGUGCUAUUUUCCAAAAUAAAUUUCAGAGCCUGAACUCGGCUGGGUCAACAUGCAUAUUUGAUAUUCGUUUCCACCACCAGAUGCCGCUUUUCCCAUAUUACAGGGAGAAAUACAGAGAACACAUUAGAAAAAAAUACAGAACACCGGAAGAUGAGUAUCCUGGCCACGGAGUCCAUGUGCCUCUGAAUGAAAAAUACAGUAAAUUGAUUAUUGCAAGUGAAAAAGGGCAAGUGCAUGAACUACUGAACAGGCCAUGGAGACAUACAGCGGUCAUGUCAGAGCAAAUGGCUGCUAUUACCAUAAAUGCUGUGUUUGAGACUGACAGUGGAUCACAGACAGUUGUUCUCCUGGGAGUGGCUGGGGUUGGGAAAACCACAAUGGCGAGAAAGAUCAUGCUAGACUGGGCAGCUGGAACUCUAUUUCCAGAAAGAUUUGAUUAUGUUUUCUAUCUAAGCUGUAGGCAAAUGGAUCUUGUUAAGGGACAGACUAACUUGGCUGACUUGAUUUUAAAUAAUGACCCUGAGUUUACGGAGAGAGAAGUGAUAACAAAACUCCUAGUGAAUCCUGGCAAAGUCCUUUUCAUAAUUGAUGGUUUUAAUGAACUGAGUUGUUCCAUUGAAGAUCAGGAAGACAAUCUGAGCAUUGAUCCCAGUGAGAAGAAGCCAAUAGGGGUCCUCCUGAGUAAAUUAUUUCACAAAACUGUUCUUCUUGAAUCCUGCUUACUAAUUACUACCAGGCCAUCCACUUUGGGAAGCCUCAAGAAUUGUUUGCAAUCCCCACGCUAUGUCAGGCUUCUGGGCUUUUCUGAGGAGGGCAAAGAUGUAUAUUUCCUCAAGUUCUUUGGAAAUAAAAAAUUAGCAACACAGGCUCUUAGUUAUGUUAAAGGGAAUGAAGCAUUAUUUUCCAUGUCCUUUAUUCCCAAUAUAUGCUGGAUUAUCUGUGCUGUGAUGAAAGAGCAGCUAGACAGGGGCAAGAAUGAUCUCGUACCAGCGUCUGAAAAACUCACUGCAGUGUAUGCACUUUAUCUCUCCCAUUUGACCAAAUCUCCCUGCAGUAGCUCAGAGCAACAGAAUCUGAGAGGACUUUGCUCAUUGGCUGCUGAAGGAAUCUGGAAAAAGAAACUCUUGUUCAAGGAUGAAGAAAUCCAGAAGAAAAGUUUAGCUCAUCUUGAUUCUCUCCCUUCUGCUUGGUGUGAGAUUCUCUUUCGGAAAGACCCUGAUUAUGAAGACAUCUAUAGGUUUCUGCACCUCAGUGUACAAGAAUUUCUUGCCGCUUUGUUUUAUGUUUUCGAAGACAUGCCUAAAGAUUCUGAGACUACUGAGCAAAAUCUCAAACAUUUGCUAGAAAGGUGUAGCAAAAGCCAAGGAGAUUUAACCUUAGUGCAAUUCAUCUUUAGCCUAUUAAACAGAGAAAUAAGGAAAUUCUUGAGUGAACAAUUUGGGUGGGAAAUUUCAUCUACAAUUAAGGCUGAUUUCCUGGAGUGGUUGAAAAUGGACACACAGGUUAAAUUAGAUUAUCCAAAUUAUGACCCGUUGGAGCGUUUUCAUUAUUUGUAUGCAAUCCAAGAAGAGGAAUUUGUCAAAUGUGCUCUAGAUCAUUUGACUGAACUAACUAUGGAGAGGUUGAUAGUUACUCAACUGGACCAAUCAGUUCUCUCUUUUUGCUUAAAAAAUUGUUUAAAUUUGGAGGCACUUUCCCUGUACAGAUGCUUGUUUCUACCAAAAGAACUUCCACAGCAUCUUCAUCAGUCAUGUCAGUCACAUCAGGAAACACUGAAACAUUCAGCGAUUUACUUUCUCUGUGAAGCACUGAAGGAUCCAAACAGUAAAAUAAGGAAACUGGAGCUUGAUGGAUGUCAGCUCACAGACUGUUGUUGUGUGGAUCUUGCCACUGUUCUCUCAACAAACCAGAUGCUGCUAGAACUGGACUUGCAGUCAACCAGUCUGAAGGAUUCGGGAGUCAUGCUGUUGUGUAAAGGACUGAUUCAUCCCAACUGCAAACUAGAAAUACUGGGAUUGUGGGACUGUGACCUGACCUCUGCUUGUUGCAGUGACCUUUCCACUGUUCUCAGUACCAGCCAGACACUGAUCGAGCUGAAACUGGGUGAUAAUCCUUUAUUGGGAGAUCAAGGAGUCCAUCUACUGUGUGAAGGGCUAAAGUACCCAAACUGCAAGCUGCAGAGCCUGGGGCUGGAAGAGUGUGAUCUCACAGCUGCCAGUUGUCAGGAUCUCAUCCUUGUUCUCAGCACCAGCCAGACACUGAUGAAGCUGAACCUGGAAAGGACCAAAGUGGGAGAUGCAGGAGUAAAGCUGUUAUGUGAGGGACUGAAACAUCCAAACUGCAAGCUGCAAACUUUAUUAGUGGGAACAAGUGAGCUCACCCUUGCCUGUUGUGGGGAUCUUGCAUCUGUUAUUUGCACCGGUCAGACACUGACAGAACUGGCUUUGGAAUAUAACAAACUGGAAGACUCUGGAGUGAGGCUGCUAUGUGAGGGAUUGAAGCAGCCAAACUGCAAGCUGCAAAAACUGAGGUUGGCUCAGUGCAAUGUUACCCCUGCUUCUUGCAGAGAUCUUUCCUCUGCUUUAACCGUUAACCAGACUCUGACAGAGCUAGAUGUGGAAUGUAACAGACUUGGAGAUUCUGGAGUGAAGGUCCUUUGUGAAGGGCUGAAGCACCCACACGGCAAACUGCAGAUCCUAAACUUGUUCAAUUGUGAUAUCACAGCUGCUUGCUGUGGGGAUCUCGCCUCUGUCCUCAGCAGCAACCAGACAUUAACCGAACUCUACCUGGGAUGUAACAAACUUGGGAAUUCUGGGGUGAAGCUGCUGUGUGAGGGCUUGAAACAUCCUAAAUGCAAGUUACAGAAACUGUGCUUGUGUGAAUCUGAAAUCACAGCUGCUGGUUGUGGGGAGAUCUCUUCCGCCCUCAGCACCAGCCAUACGCUGGAAGACAUUGAUUUAUGGAACAAUACACUCGAAGAUUCAGGAAUGAGGCUGCUGUGUGAGGGUCUGAAACACCCAGACUGCAAACUUCAAAUUUUGUCGUUGUGCAACUGCAAGUUCACAGCAGCUUGCUGUGGGGAUCUCUGCUCUGUCCUCAGCACCAACCAGAGUCUGAAGAAGCUGAAGCUGGAGGGCAAUCAACUGGGAGAUUCAGGAGUGAAGUUGCUGUGUGAAGGACUGAAACAUCCAAGCUGCAGAAUGAAGACAAUAGGGCUGGAUGUUGAUGAGUUAACUGAAGACACAGUGAGAGAACUUAGUUGCCUGAAAAAGAUAAAGCCUGAUCUGAUUAUAGACGCAUAGAAGGAGCAACUGUGAUGACAGAGGGCAGGCAUGGACGUCUACAGAGUACCAGGAUGGCUCCGCUGGGAAUGGGGAUUCUGCUGAAGCACACCAAUCACUGAGAAGCAAUAAAACCAAAAUUCUGGUGUGGGGAACCCUUCGCUCUCUAAUGUUGCUGAACUACAGCUCUCAUCAUCCCUAGCCAUUGGUCAUAGUCACUGGUGCUGAUGGGAGUUCAGCAACAUCUGGAAGUUCCCCACAUCUGCCAUACAGUCAAUAGCUGAAGUAACAGUCAGAAUGGGAAGGAAAAGGACCUGCCCUUUAUAAGAAUUUGUACAGUCCCACCAACCCUCCCCCACUAUUUCACCAGCCAGUUUUCUAUUGGUGUAGUUGCUGAGGGUCUUUUGUCCUCUGAACAAAUAAAAAAUUAUUUCCUUUUUGCUAA